AACGAGGAGAAUUUCUAGUAUUCAUGUAAUAAAUGAAAAGAAAAGGUUGAGCCUGAUGUUGUUCCUCUCGAGCUUUCCAGUCUGGAUCAGCUGAUGAUCUCAGGUUACCAGCAAGUGUUUCAUCUAAAUGCUGGAGCCUUUGAACAGGCUGACGGCUGCUGGAGGACCGUGACUGGGAGCCACCAGCCAGGCCGGGUUUCCCUGCUCCUGAUCGCCACAGCUCCACUGCUGCAGGUUCCAUAUCAUGGGGAACCUUCUGAAAGUUCUGACAUGCACAGAUCUGGAACAGGAGCCCAACUUCUUCCUCGAUUUUGAAAAUGCACAGCCCACAGAGGCGGAGCGAGAGGUGUGGGGGCAGGUGGACGGCGUGCUGAAGGACUCGGAGGCCAUCCUGGACGAGCUGCAGGCCUAUAAAGGAGCCGGCCAGGAGAUCAGAGAGGCGAUCCAGAAUCCCAGCGAUGAGGCGCUGCAGGAGCAGGCGUGGGCGGCGGUGGUCCCUUUGGUGGGGAAGCUGAAGAAGUUCUACGAGUUCUCCCAGAGAUUAGAAGCGGCGCUGCACAGCCUCCUGGGAGCUCUGACCAGCGAGACUUACAGCGACUCCACUCAGCACCUGGAGCGGGAGCAGGCGCUGGCCAAGCAGUUCGCCGAGAUCCUGGACUUCACUCUGCGCUUCGACGAGCUGAAAAUGACAAAUCCUGCCAUCCAGAACGACUUCAGCUACUACAGGAGAACUCUGAGCCGGAUGAGGAUCAACAACGUUCCGGCCGAGCUGGAGAACGAAGUGAACAACGAGCUGGCAAACCGGAUAUCUCUGUUCUACGCCGACGCCACUCCCAUGCUCAAGACGUUGAGCGACGGCACAACCAAGUUUGUAUCAGAGAACAAGAACCUGCCCAUCGAGAACACCACAGACUGCCUCAGCACCAUGGCGAGCGUGUGCAAAGUCAUGUUGGAAACGCCGGAAUACCGCAGCCGCUUCAUCAACGAGAGCACGGUGUCCUUCUGCCUCAGGGUCAUGGUCGGGGUGAUCAUCCUCUACGACUACGUUCAUCCUGUCGGAGCUUUCGCCAAGUCCUCUAAAAUAGACAUGAAAGGCUGCAUCAAAGUUCUGAAGGAUCAGCCUCCCAACAGCGUGGAAGGCCUUCUCAACGCUCUCAGGUACACGACCAAACAUCUGAACGACGAAUCCACAAACAAGACGAUCAAGAGCAUGCUGCAGUGAGGCGGCGCUGCAGCCGCCGCGGGGAAACGCCACUCGCUGACCUGACUGAUGUCGCUGCACAGAAUGUCCUUUUUAUGUUUUCAGUCUUUUAUUUUUGUUGUUAUUUUAGUCGAAAAAGAGCUCCGCCCUUUUUUUUUGUUUGUUUUAUACUGCAAAAUGCUACUGCCAUCAUCUUUCUGUGCCAAACCGACGUCGCUGCCUGGGAUGUAGAAGGCCACGUGACGACGGCAGCUGAGCAAGGCAGCGCUGAUGUUUUUAAAUCUUGUUUUUCCCUGGUUCAGGGACGGGAGAGCUUGGACUUGAAAAAUUCAGAGAGAUAUAAAUAUAUAUAUAUAUUAUAUAGAAGUAUAUAUUUUUGUUUGAUUGGUUAUUUAAUUACAUCUUCUGCAUGAUGAACAUGUCUUUUCCUUCUAUUUAAAAAAUGAAUGGUUUAAUUUGUCUGCUCUGUUGUGCAUUCUCAGAUGUGUUUUUGAGAUGGUACUUUGCAAAUGAAAUUAGGAGUACUGUUUUUAUAUUUUUUACUGGUUUUAAUUUGUGCGUUUUGUCUUUUUUUUAUUAUUCUGUUUUUUUUUCAUUCAUUUGUAAACUUUAAACUGUGAUAUGUGCAGAAUCAAAUUCAAAUCUGGAGUCUGUACUGUAAACGUGCAGUUUGUUGUGGCCUGGAGACAUAAAAGGAGAACUCGUUUUCUA